GUGGAGUGUGAAGCACAAUUUGUGGGAAAAUGAAUGUAAACGAUUUGCCGUGUGAAAUCUUAUGCAGUAUUUUUGAUGAGCUCGAUUUGCGCGAGCUAAAGAUAGCGUCCCUCGUGUGCCGGCGUUGGUCGGACCUUACUUUUUCGGGCCGAAGGAUGGACCGUGUGUGGCUGGUGAAGCGUAAUUCUAGUUGUGAAUUUUUUAUUAACUCCAAGAGGAACUAUCGCAACGUUCGUCAACCGUCGUGGACGAUGGCCACGAUAGAUGAUCAGCAUAAAAGCCUAGUACGGUUACUGCACACGCUGAAGCCACACGUCCGAAUGGUGGAGAUUCAAACUCGUAUAUGUUCUCAGCAAUUACUAUCGAUUCUUCUGGAAAUUCCUACACUACAGCAUUUGUCGAUUGCUGGUGGCAUUGACCACGAAUAUCGCAAAGAUAAUGCAACUGUCCGUGUUUUAGCGGAGCUAAAGAGCCCAAAUGGGCGACAGCUAUUCAGUUUCUGCCGUACGAAUUUUCGAAAUUUACAGUUUCUUAAUAUGAACUGCAUGAAAGAUGUGGAACUAGAGGCUUGGAAAAUACUGAGUGGACAGUUGAAACUUGCUCAUGUGAAGUCGUUAAGGGAAACAUAUUUGCAUUCUCUUCUCGAGCUAUCGUUCCCGUUUGUAGAGGAUUUUACCUUGGUCUUAUUUUACCUUCCUUUUUAUUUUGGAGACCAAGGGAUGACUUCAGGCUUAGGUGCAGCUUUUUUUCGAAGACAUCCCUUGCUUCGCCGACUGUCCCUUUCCGGUAUGAUUAUUUCGGUACAAUGGGUUGAAUCUAUUAGCCAACACUGCCCUGAGCUAACACAUCUAGAACUUGCUCUAAAUGAUCAGAACGAAGGAUUUUUGGAGCCGUUGGUGCAGUUGCGUAAGCUGAAGCACCUUUCAUUAGCAGGACCAGUGGAUAGCAAAGUUCUUCGCGGAGUUAUGACGUCGCUAAAAUCUGUUGAAUUGAAAAUGAAUCCUCCUCACAUGCUGCUCGAGAACCUUUGCGAAGUUGUUCCACAAUUGAGCUGUUUGCAAGUGAAGGAACGCAUACCUUACGUUGAAAUUCAGUUCAUCUGCGAGAGGUUUUCUUGUCUUCGACGCUUGGUACUAGACUACGAUUGCAGGUCUUCACCAGCAGAUGAUUCCGUCCGACUGGAUAGAUUGGUACAUUUACAGGAACUUGAAAUGUCGGACACUAUUCGAGUUUGUUGGAUUCAUCGCAACAACGUUCGGUGCUUGACAAUAACGCGUUUUAGGGAACCUGUACCCGAUUUAGAAAUUAUCACUCAUCCCAACAACGGUCGGUUCUUGAUAUCGCCCAGUCCGGAUAUAUCUUUUCCGACGAUAACGGACGAUGAUCUUAUGCAGAUACCGACAAAGUUCCCCGUGCUGAAGAUAUUGAUCCUCAACUGCGAUGUGUACUCGCUGUCCGUGGCUGCGGUCGAACGGCUACACCAAUUGAUGCCCUCGUGUAGAAUCGAGUAUGGCAACAAACGCUUCUAUCCCACGAUGACUGCGGACUGAAAGACGUUCGGAGCGAAGCAGCGAACCAGCAGGAGAUAAAGUUUUGCAAUUUGAUUCAAAUAAAACGACAACGUCAUGUAAACUCUUUCAAUACAAAUCCGCGCUUGACGGCCCAAGAAGACUUUGGGGGCUUCGUUCGUCCCCUCGCAUGCAUUCGAUCUGCAGCAUCAGCCUCUCGGAAGCGGCAAAGACGGAUUCGUCAAUUUCGGACGCGUCCAUGUUUUAGAUGCG